UUAAUGUUGAAUUCUUAACUUUAAUUUAAUGUAUCAAUUUAGAAAAUAAAUGAAGAAGAAAGAUUAUUAGGAUGGGUUUGCACAAAAGAACCAUUACUAUAUGAACUCACAGAACAAAUUCAGCCUUAUAGUCAACUCUGGCAUACAGCUUAUGAUUUUACAACAAAGUUUGAAAAGUGGUUUAAUGGUCCGUUUAAUGAUCUAAAUACUGAAGAAAUUGAUGAGAGCAUGGAAAAGAUUAAUGAGUCCCUGACUUAUUUGAAAGAUAUAUUUGAAGAUAAUUCAGCACCGAAACACAUUACAACAUAUUUAAAAAAGAAAUACUCUGAAUUUCAUCAUCAUGUACCCUUACUGAAAGUUGUUUGUAAUCCUGGUAUGAAAAUUAGACAUUGGGCAAAGAUUGGCCUUAUAAUUGGUAAAUCAAUUCUUCCAUCUGAGAAAACUUCACUAUCUGAUAUGGUUCAACUUGAAUUAGGAAAUCACAUUUCAAAAAUAGAAGAAAUAGCUGCAUCAGCAAGUAAAGAAUUUUCUUUUGAAACUACUGUGAGCAACAUGAAAAAUGAAUGGAGCAAUUUAAAACUUGAGCUUAUCCCAUAUAGAGAUACGGACAGAAAAAUAUUAUCAUCAUGUGAAGAUGUACAAGCUCUUUUAGAUGAACAUAUUUUAAAAAUUCAAACAAUUGGUGGUUCUCCAUUUUCAAAACCUUUAAAAAAAGAACUAAAUAAUUGGGAAACAACACUAAUACUUAUACAAGAUAUCUUGGAUGCUUGGCUGAAGUGUCAGUCUUCUUGGAUAUAUCUUGAACCAAUUUUCAGUUCAGAAGACAUCACAAGACAAAUGCCUGAAGAAGCACAGAAAUUUUUUGUUGUAAAUGAAAUUCAAAAUAAUAUCACUGCUGAUCUUGUAGCUAGAAACAAUUUAUUAUUACCAGUAUGCUCGGAAGAAACUUUGAAACAGUUCAUUCAGGCUAAUUGCUUUUUAGAUGAUAUACAAAAGGGAUUAAACGAAUAUCUCCAAAAGAAAAGAAUGCAAUUUCCAAGAUUUUUCUUCCUUUCAAAUGAUAUAGUGUUGGAAAUAUUAUCUGAAACAAAUGAACCACAAAGAGUUCAACCAUAUUUGAAGAAAUGUUUUGAAGGUAUUGCACGUCUUAAAUUUUUGGAUGAGGAUGAAAUUGUUGGAAUGAUUUCUUCUGAGAAUGAAGUGGUGCCAUUUUCACAGCAUAUUUUUCCAGAACAAGCUAGAGGAAUGGUUGAAAGGUGGUUAUCCGAAAUUGAAAGAGUUAUGGUGAAAAGUUUACGUGAUAUUAUUGCUAAAGCACUUGACACUUAUAAUGAAAGUAAUGAAAGUGAAUGGCUUCUUCAGUGGCCAGAACAAGUAGUGAUCUGUUGCUUGUUGAUCAUGUGGACAGCUGAUAUAACAGAAGCUAUAAAGAAACAAACAUUAAAAGAAUGUUACAUUAAAUAUAAUGAGAAAAUGAAGACAAUAACUAGCUUAAAGAAUAAAAAUUUGGAUUUGAAUCAUAAACUUACUUUAGAAACAUUAAUUGGAACAAUUUUAUAUGCUUGUGAAAUAACUCAUAAACUUGAAUUAGAAAAUAUAUACAGUAGCGAAGAUUUUCAGUGGCUGAGUCAAUUACAAUAUUAUUGGGAUAAAGAAAAUGUAAAAGUAUCAAUGAUGAGAUCUAGCCUUACUUAUGGAUAUGAAUAUCUUGGAAAUACUUCUCGUCUUAUUAUGUCUCCUCUAACAGAACGCUGUUACAGAACAAUAAUGAUUGCUUUAAAUAUGAAUAUGGGAGCUAUUAUAUAUGGGCCAGCUGCAAGUGGUAAAACAGAAACAUGUAAAGAUUUUGCAAAAGCAAUAGCAAAAAAAUGCAUAGUUUUUAAUUGUUCAAAUGGACUGACUGCAACAGCAACUGGAAAUUUGUUUAAAGGAAUAGUUCAAAUUGGAUGUUGGAUCUGUUUAGAGCAAUUUGACAAAAUACAGUUGCAGACUUUAGCAGUUAUAUCACAACAAAUUCAUUUAAUUUUAAAUGCAAUUAAUCAAAAAUGUAAAUUCUUUAAAUUUGAAGGGAUGGAUCUACAUUUAAAUCCAACUUGUUCCAUUUUAACCACAGUUGAGUUACAUUCUACUAAGCAAAACUAUCUUCCAAACAACUUAAAGAUAAUGUUUCGACCAGUUUCUCUUAUUUAUCCCAAUUACCAUUAUAUCUGUGAAAAUUUUCUGCUUGUAGCUGGAUUUGUUGAAGCAAAAGAAUUAACUGAAAAAGUAAUAGCUGUAUUUGAACUGUGCAAGGAGCAAUUUUCAAUACAAAAUCAUUAUGAUUUUAGUUUGGUUUCAUUAAAAUCUAUACUAUGUUUGGCCAAAAAUUUAAAAGAAAAAUAUCCUUCUGAAUGUGAAGAUUCCAUUCUUUUAAAAGCAAUAGACAGCAUUAUCACACCAAAAUUAUUUAAAAUGGAUAUUUCUUUAUACAAAACCAUUAUUGCGGAUUAUUUUCCUGUUAAUUCAAUGCUCAAUAUGAAAAAUAACAUCUUAGAGGAAGCUUUACAAAAUUGUAUUAAAGAACAAAAUCUUCAACCUGUACCAUAUUUUGUACAAAAAAUAAUACAUAUAUAUGAACUUUUACUAAUAAAGACCGGCAUUAUCAUAUGUGGUAAUUGCAUGUCUGGGAAAACUUCAUCUUACAAAAUGCUAGCUGCAGCAUUAGAAGAUAUUAAUAAUAAAGGAGAAGAAUGUGGAAUGUUAGAAUAUAAAGUUAUAUAUCAGAACAUAAAUCCAAAUUCAGUUACAAUAAAUCAACUAUAUGGAACUGCAGAUGAAGUUACUGAUGAAUGGAAAGAUGGAAUUAUAUCCACAUUGCUUCGUGAUUAUACAAACAAUAAAUCAACAGAAAGAAAAUGGGUCAUAUUUGAUGGACCAUUCAGUUGUUACUGGGCAGAAAACUUAAAUACAUUUUUAGAUGAUAAUGGACAAUUAUGUUUAAUGAAUGGUGAAGCUAUACAAAUAAAUAAUAAAAUUAACAUAAUAUUUGAGACAGAAGAGUUAGAAAAUGCUUCUCCAGCUAUUAUAUCACGUUGUGGAGUAGUAUAUAUGAAUUCUGAGCAAUUAGGGUGGUCAGCAUUAAAACGUUCUUACAUGAAUACUCUCCCAAAUUUUAUAAACAAGGAACAUAAAAGCAUUAUAAAUGAUUUAUUUGAAUGGCUUAUUCCAGCUUGUAUAAAAUUUUAUCAAAAUUUGUUAACAGAAUUAAUAACUGAUGAUGAUAAUUAUGUACCUAUCUUGGCACAGCUAAGUAAGCAUUUACAAAUUUUAUUUUCAUUCUCUGUUGUUUGGACAUUUGGAGGCAUUUUUAUCAGUAAGGAAGAUCGUAUCAUAUUUGAUAAUUUUUAUCGAAAUUUACUUGCUGGAGAAAAUGAUAAUUAUCCUAUACCAGAAUCAUUUAAUUUAACAAAAGCAGAAUUAUUUCCACAGGAAGGAUUUAUAUAUGAUUUUUUAUAUGAUAAAGAAAAAUGUGAAUGGAUUGAAUGGAAUUCAUUUCAAAGUCUUGAAAUGGAACCAUCAACAUAUGUGGAGAUUAUAAACAGAAUAAUUCCAACAAAUAAAACAAGAUGUCAGCAAUAUUUUCUUCAAAAAUACAUUAAACAUAAAGUGCCAGUUCUACUUAUUGGUCCUAGCUGUAGUGGAAAGACCUUUGUAACUAAUGAUUAUCUUAAUAAGCUAAAUAAAGAUCAAUACAUUGUAAAUUGGAUUACAUUUUCUGCUUGUACAUCUGCCAAUGAAGUGCAAGAAAUAUUUAUGUCUAAAUUAGACAGGAGACGUAAAGGAGUAUAUGGACCUCAUAUAGGGAAAACAUUUAUUAUGUUCAUAGAUGAUGUAAAUUUGCCAAACAAGCAGCAAUCCACAAUGCAGUCACCAAUUGAAUUAUUACAUCAGUGGUUUAAUUGUGGAUAUUGGUAUGAUCAAAAAGAUUUUUCUGCAGUUGAAAUAGCAGAUGUUAUAGACAAAUACAAUAAAGAAAGCAAGACUCGCAUGGAUCUAGUAAUAUUUAAAUUUAUUGUAGAACAUUUUUCCAGAAUAAGCAGAAUUUUGAAAAUGACUAAAGGUCAUAUGCUUUUGAUUGGUGUCAGAGGAAGUGGACGUCAUAGUGUUGUGAGAUUGUCAUCUUUUGUUAAAAAUUAUAAUCUUCAUGAAAUCAAAAUGACAUCUAAUUACUCUAAACUGAAAUGGAAAAAUGACUUGAAAAAGGUAAUUUAUAAAGCAGGUGCAGAUGGUUUGCCAAGCACCCUACUUUUCAGCUGUGAUAAUUUACAAAACAAAAUGAUACUUGAAGACAUAAAUAUGCUGCUGACUACUGGUGACAUCUCAAAUCUGUUUGGUUCAGACGAAAAGGCAGAAAUUAUAGAAAAGAUUCAGUUGGCUGUUAGAGAUAUGGAACUUCAAGCGGAGAAAAUGUUAGAAGAAGCAACAAAAUCUGGCAGUUGGUUGAUUCUUCAAAACUGUCAUCUGGUUCCUCAUUGGAUGCCCAUUUUGGAAAAUAUAUGUGAAGAAAUAAGAACCUCCAAAACCAUUCAUAAAAGUUUUCGGUUGUGGCUGACCAGUUAUCCAUUUACAGAAUUUCCUGCUUCUAUUCUCAUAAAUGUUAUCAAAGUGGCCAAUUACAUUCCGAACAAUCUGAGAGACAAUCUACUCUUUUCCUAUUCCGAUAUUAUUUUACAAAGUGAUUGCAAGCAUGAAGACUGGCACAGAAUUGAAUUUACUUUGAGAUUCUUUGACACAAUUUUGCAUGAAAGAAGAAGAUAUAUUCCACUUGGAUGGAGAAUUCCCUAUGAAUUUAAUCGGAAUGAUCUUCAAAUGAGUUUGCAGCAAACACAAAUUCAUCUAAUUGAACGCAAUGAUUAUCUGUGGAAGACUCUAAGUUAUGUUAUAACUGAUUGUAGCUAUGGGGGACUCGUAAUUGACAAAACAGAUCGUAAUCUGCUUUCUGACAUCUUUUCUUCAUGUUGCAAUCAAGAAGUUAUAGAUGCUAAUAUUUACAGUUUUCCUACAGAAAAAUGCUAUACUUUUCCUCCCACGUCCAACAUCCUGGAACAUAUAAAGACUUUCCCACACGAAACAGCACCAGAAGUAUUAGGUUUACAUUGCAAUGCGGAUAUAAUACGAGGAAAACAAGAAAUCGAGGGACUAUUUAAGAAUAUUUGCUUCAUACAAGCCAAAGCGGUGAACGAGGAUGGCUUCUCUGAAACGAUCAUUUCUGCACUAGUAGAAGACAUCUUGAAAAAAUUACCAUCGCAAUUAAAUGUUUUUUCCUCGGAUGCUUCUCCACAUCAUCCAGCAUUAUUCCGAGAGAUUUUUCAAUACAAUAACUUGAUUGGUGUAAUGAAGUGUACUUUAAGAGAAGUACAAGAAGUCUUGAUUGGUCGAGCAUCCUCAUCCGAAGAGAUAGAAGAUGCAAUGGAAUGCUUACAGCAUGGAAAAAUUGCAAAAUUGUGGUUGCGCCUAGCUUAUCCUACUACAAAAUCUCUCGGGAGUUUUGUGAGCGAUUUGUGUCUUAGGUUUGAUUUCUUCAAAAGAUGGUGGGAAGAAAACAGUCUCGCUGACUAUUGGCUAUCCGCAUUUUACUUUCCUAGUGCCUUUUUAACAGAUUGUCUGCGAACUUAUGGUAAAAUCAUGGCCUUAUCAAUUAAAGACUUGAGAUUCGUGUUUGCAUCGAGGAGUGAAAUAUCAGUGAAAGAAGUGCCCAUUAGGGGAUUAUGUAUUGUAGGAGCUCAUUGGGAUGCGGAUAGAAAACUAUUGGUAGAGCUUCCACCUAGAACUCUUUGCAAUUCGUUACCGAGUACAGGUUUGGAAAAGUUAAAUUUUGCAGCCUCUCAGAUUUCUGUUAUGCAAAAUGAAUUGACUAAUCUACAGCCUCAAUUAAUUGAAACUUCUGGAGAAACCGAGAAAUUAAUGGUUAAAAUCGAGCAGGAUACAGUCGAAGUGGAAGCAAAAAAAGAGGUUGUUGCUGCAGAUGAAGCAUUAGCAAACAAAGCAGCUGCUGCUGCUCAAGCAAUUAAGGACGACUGUGUUAAAGAUUUGUCAGAAGCAGUUCCCGCUAUGGAAAGUGCAGUCGCGGCUUUAAAUACUUUAAAACCACAAGAUAUCAGAGUUAUCAAGUCUAUGAAGAAUCCUCCAUUAAGAAUUAAAAUGGUGAUGGAAGCAAUUUGCAUUAUGAAACAAGUCAAACCUGUUCGAAGAGUGGAUCAUUCUGGAAGAAUGAUUGAUGACUACUGGACUGCAGCUCAAAAGAUGUUACUAGGAGACAUGAAGUUUAUAGAACAUUUACAAUAUUAUAACAAAGAAGACAUACCAGAUCAUAUAAUGAAAGAAAUUAGGGAAAGAUUUAUUCAGAAUCCGGAAUUUGACCCAGAUGUUAUCAAAAAUGUGUCACGCGCCUGUGAAGGUCUUUGUCGUUGGGUGAAAGCCAUAGAUAUCUACGACAGAGUAGCCAAAGUGGUGGCACCAAAGAAAGCGAAGUUGGCCCAAGCUGAAAAGGAGCUAGUGCAUCAAAUGAAAAAAUUAGAGGAGAAAAAGAAAGAAUUACAAAAUAUAACAGAUAAAUUACAAGGUCUAAAUGAUGAAUUUGCCGCCAUGACCAAGAAGAAGAAAGAACUUGAAGACAAUAUAGAAAUAUGUUCAAGAAAAUUAGAAAGAGCCGAACGCCUGUUGGGAGGUUUGGGAGGAGAAAAGGUGCACUGGGAAGAAAUUGCCGAGGAGUUGUUAACUCGUUACAAUAACAUUGUAGUGGACAUACUUUUAUGCGCUGCACUGGUUGUUUAUCUUGGAAAUUUUAAAGAGGAGUUCAGGAAGGAAUAUAUUGUAAAGUGGCACAGUGCGUGCACAGAGCGUUCCAUACCCUGUUCGGAACAUUUCUCCAUUGUUGAAACGCUCGGUGAUCUUACACAAAUUCAAUAUUGGCAAUCGUUGGGUCUACCAGUGGAUGACUUUAUCACAGAAAACUGUUUAAUUGUCAAUCAUUCACGUAAAUGCUCUCUGAUAAUUGAUCCUCAUGGAAUAGCUAAGAAAUGGAUUGAAUCUUUUGAAGAAAAUUUGAUAAUAUUGAAAAUAACCGAUGUAAAAUUGAUGAACAAGAUUAAGGAAGCAUUAAAACAAGGAAAUCCCAUCUUGUUAGAGAAUGUAGACAAAAAUAUUGAUACAAUCCUCAAUCCAAUUCUGUUGAAACAAACGUUUAAGUCAUCAGAAAAUGAGUUCAUACAACUGAAUGAAGAUAUCAUAGAAUAUUCUCCAAAUUUUAAGAUGUACAUGAUAACAAAAUUAUAUGAUCCCCAUUAUUCAGCCAGCGUACAAGACAAGGUUUCAAUUUUAAAUUUCACUCCAACCAAACUUGGGAUGGAGACCCGAUUGUUAAGCAUAGUAUCUGCAAAAGAGAGAUCAGAGCUGGAAAAAGAGAGGAACGAUCUGAUAGCUAGAAGUGCCGAAAACAAGAAGAAACUGAAAGAACUGGAAGAUCGAAUUUUAGAAAUUUUGUCGUCGUCUCAGGGUAACAUAUUAGAAGACGAAACAGCAAUUAGAAUCUUGUCCUCGUCCAAAACAUUAUCGGAAGAUAUUAUUGGCCGACAAAAAACAAUGGCUGUGGCGCAACAGGAAAUUGACAAUGAGUGCAAGUGUUAUUUACCUAUUGCUUCUUGUUCCACCAUCAUAUUUUUUUGCAUAAUGUCUCUCUCUUCCAUUAACUCCAUGUAUAGAUUCUCGUUGGAUUGGUUCUUGCAACUCUACAUUCGAUCAAUCGAGGAGAGCGAUAAAACAGAAGAUUUAGAACAGAGAAUUGAUAAUAUAAAUUGCUGUUUUCUGGAAAUUAUUUAUCAAAAUGUAUGUUCUUCCUUGUUUGAAAAGGAUAAGCUAUUGUUUUUGUUUCUACUUGCUACAGGACUGCUUAAAAACAGGGGUGCAUUUGAUGAAGAUGCAUGGAAUUUGCUGUUGAGAAAUAAUGGCUCUCCUUUACCUUCAAUAGAUAUGAAAAGUAGGCCUUCCUGGUUACCAAAACACUCCUGGUUGCAAUUUCGGCAUUUAUCCACUUUAUCAGUUUUCCAGAGUCUGUUGGAUGAUUUAAAUCAUCAUUCCAAUGCAUGGAAGAAUAUAUACCAGUCAAGUGAUGCAAAAAUCUGUUUUCCUAAUAAAUGGGCAUCUCUGACUGGUUUAAACAAAUUGCUUUUAUUAAAAUGUCUAGGUCCAGACAGGCUCCUUUCUGGCAUUAAGGAUUUUGUGGCAGAAAUGCUGGGAGAAAAGUUUGUUUAUGCGCCCUCCUCCAGUUUAGAAGAUAUUUAUGCCAACACAACCCCAAACGAACCUGUGUUGUUGAUCCUUUCCGAGAAUAGCAAUAUCGAAAAUGCUAUUAUUGCCUUAAACGAACGUAGUACUUAUAGACACAAAUUGGAUUUUAUAUCACUAGGGAAAAAUCAAGAACUUCAAGCGGAGAAAAUGUUAGAAGAAGCAACAAAAUCUGGCAGUUGGUUGAUUCUUCAAAACUGUCAUCUGGUUCCUCAUUGGAUGCCCAUUUUGGAAAAUAUAUGUGAAGAAAUAAGAACCUCCAAAACCAUUCAUAAAAGUUUUCGGUUGUGGCUGACCAGUUAUCCAUUUACAGAAUUUCCUGCUUCUAUUCUCAUAAAUGUUAUCAAAGUGGCCAAUUACAUUCCGAACAAUCUGAGAGACAAUCUACUCUCUUCCUAUUCCGAUAUUAUUUUACAAAGUGAUUGCAAGGUGAGGAAUUUUCGUGGAAAAUUCAACCAUGUUGUAAUUAAAGCUUUCCUUACUAUGUUACAGCAUGAAGACUGGCACAGAAUUGAAUUUACUUUGAGAUUCUUUGACACAAUUUUGCAUGAAAGAAGAAGAUAUAUUCCACUUGGAUGGAGAAUUCCCUAUGAAUUUAAUCGGAAUGAUCUUCAAAUGAGUUUGCAGCAAACACAAAUUCAUCUAAUUGAACGCAAUGAUUAUCUGUGGAAGACUCUAAGUUAUGUUAUAACUGAUUGUAGCUAUGGUGGACUCGUAAUUGACAAAACAGAUCGUAAUCUGCUUUCUGACAUCUUUUCUUCAUGUUGCAAUCAAGAAGUUAUAGAUGCUAAUAUUUACAGUUUUCCUACAGAAAAAUGCUAUACUUUUCCUCCCACGUCCAACAUCCUGGAACAUAUAAAGACUUUCCCACACGAAACAGCACCAGAAGUAUUAGGUUUACAUUGCAAUGCGGAUAUAAUACGAGGAAAACAAGAAAUCGAGGGACUAUUUAAGAAUAUUUGCUUCAUACAAGCCAAAGCGGUGAACGAGGAUGGCUUCUCUGAAACGAUCAUUUCUGCACUAGUAGAAGACAUCUUGAAAAAAUUACCAUCGCAAUUAAAUGUUUUUUCCUCGGAUGCUUCUCCACAUCAUCCAGCAUUAUUCCGAGAGAUUUUUCAAUACAAUAACUUGAUUGGUGUAAUGAAGUGUACUUUAAGAGAAGUACAAGAAGUCUUGAUUGGUCGAGCAUCCUCAUCCGAAGAGAUAGAAGAUGCAAUGGAAUGCUUACAGCAUGGAAAAAUUGCAAAAUUGUGGUUGCGCCUAGCUUAUCCUACUACCAAAUCUCUCGGGAGUUUUGUGAGCGAUUUGUGUCUUAGGUUUGAUUUCUUCAAAAGAUGGUGGGAAGAAAACAGUCUCGCUGACUAUUGGCUAUCCGCAUUUUACUUUCCUAGUGCCUUUUUAACAGAUUGUCUGCGAACUUAUGGUAAAAUCAUGGCCUUAUCAAUUAAAGACUUGAGAUUCGUGUUUGCAUCGAGGAGUGAAAUAUCAGUGAAAGAAGUGCCCAUUAGGGGAUUAUGUAUUGUAGGAGCUCAUUGGGAUGCGGAUAGAAAACUAUUGGUAGAGCUUCCACCUAGAACUCUUUGCAAUUCGUUACCGAGUAUCAUAUUUCGGAUUGAGACCAAUAUCCCGGAUACAGGUGAUCAUUAUAGGUGUCCUGUAUAUGCUAUUGGCACUCGAGACAAGAUUUCCAAUUACAUUUCAGACGUCACCUUGCCUUGCGACGGUAGGAAAGAUCAUUGGUUGUAUCGGGGAGUGGCAUUGUUAUGCCAAGCAGAUGAAUUUCUAGAUGAAGGAUGAGAAUUGCAUAACACAUUUGUCAAAAAUGGUGUAACUUCUGUUUUUAACUUUUAAAGAAAUCGAUGCUAAGAUUGAAAAAAAAAA